AGGCCUUCCACCCUUUCCCCCAGAGACCUCAGCCUCUGUCCGUGGUGUAUCCUCGGAUGUCUGCUGUACCCUCUUAGAUAGCACUUCCCUUGUCUGACGUGAGUCUCCAACUUCAACGUCUCCACCCGACCACUUUUUCCCUUCCUCCCGAGGUCUCCCUGCCAACGCUUCCCCUUUCACAGACAGCGCUUUAGCCGCCGACUCAUCCCCUCCCGUCGGCAACUCAUCCAUCCCACCGCCCUUAGAACCACCGCCACCCCUGUGGUCCGAGUGUCCAACCCUCCCUUCAUCGCUGUUCACUUCCCCCCCCUCACCUCUCUGUGCCAUGGGAAGAACACACCGCAAGCGGUGCGCUAAACACGUCGCCCCUCCUUCGGUGCCAGUGACGUGGAAUCGGCCUGCGGUGUUUGCGCGUCUCGAAGUUGCUUGCGAUCAAAGUGUGUUUCUUAGGCCUUCGUGGGCCGGGAACAGCAGGGAAAUCAAACACUGAAAAAAGGGGGGCACGCGACGUCAGCUGACGCGAGCGAAUUGCGCCGCUCUACCUGUACCUAGCCAACUGCGCCGCUUCGCUUUCCCUCCAACUCUCUCUCCCUCUCUCUCAACUAACUGCAGUUCCCUCAUAAGCUCAUCAUUCCAACCAUAAACCCACACCUCCUCAAUUCUAGUCUCCAACUCAUACACUUUUCAUGACCUUAUUUGACGGUAUCUCAACCAGACCUAACUCCAACCCUGCUCCCAGAGCCAUGAUUUUCAAGUCCAUUGCAUCACGCCUCAACAUAUAGUCUAUACUGCGAUUAACCUAUCCCAAGUCUUCUUACCCUGACCUAACCUAGGGUUGACUUAUUGCACGACACAGCGCGCGCGGCGUUGCGAGCGUGUCACCGCCGUGGUUGUGUUAUUGUCGAGCAGCAGCUCGCUGUAGCAGGGUGCUUACAGUCAUGGCGCGACAAGCACGAGGGACCAUGGCAGCCGGGCGGUACGCGGAGUGCAUAAAACUCACCACGAUCGUGCGCAAGUGGGUGAGGAAGACCUAUUUCUCGUCCUUGGGAUGUACAGCCUGCGGCGGGCUUGGCAGAUGUACGAGUGCGCCACGCGGGAAAGCCUAGCGUGCCACACUCCACCACACUCCAGAACAAAUCUCCUCCGACGCUUUAAGCAACGAACUCUACUCCUCACUUGGUCUUGGCCUCCUGCAGAUUUGCCUUUGUGGUGUGCUGUUGGAACUGGUGUCGGUUCGUCCCUCUGCUACCUUCAUCCUACAGGUUGAGCGCCUGACCAAAAUGAUCCUGUCCACAAACAACAAGUUCCGGUGCCCAUUUUCCGUGACGAACUACGGAGGAACAAGAAGUUUCUUUAUGUUUUCCUUGGGAGUGUGGUAGAUUGGUGGACACAUUCAUGGAGAUUCGUUUUGGGUGUUUGAGCGUUAUGCGUGACUUGAUGCCGUGAUGGAAUGACGAGCUCAAGCACGCCCCCGAUGAAUAAACACGUUUUCCAACACGUUUUUCCACACGUUUGUACGACUUUACCUACCCCUACGGCCCGUCAUGGCCAAGCUGCUCUACACUCCCAUCACACACAACUGAGCCACCCGAAUAAUCGAUCACGCUAGCGUAUGACACGUCGUCUACGAGAUUCGCGUCGAGUUUGGUUUGGAGUAUCGCUUUGCGGCGAUCAGCAGCUGUCACCGAUGUCAAGCGCCGACCAAGAACGAGGCGCCCGUCACGCAGAAGACGAGGACGCCUGCAUCAACGAGUUGGUGGAGAUGAGGGUACAACAACGACUGGCCGACAUAAGACGGCAACAAGACGAGGAGGAGCAGAGGACAGAGAACGUCCGGACCGGAAGCGAGCACGAGGCACGCCACCAGCAACAAGCGGGGCGGCCAUCGGCGAACCCGGCCGUAGAUGACAUCGCCCGCACUCUCGCCGACGCCGUGACCAGCCGCCUUCAGGUAUCACCCGCAGACACGGGUAGAGUACCAAGUAGCCCAGCGACCCUUAGAAUGACUGAGGCUAAGCGCCUAGCGCCUUGGGAUGGGAUUUUUAGGCAAGGGGAAGAUGAGCAGGCAAGAUUUUUUAUUUUUCGAUCGAACAUGAUUGCUAUGUUUGCGCAAGAAGGAGUCAGGGAAGUGGUAUUGAGUGACCACAGAAUUCCAGUCGGGCUCGAAGGAAUAGACAUGGAGGACUUGCGUAGGAUGCACUCGCCUGAUAGUGUAGAGAAGGCAAUUACGGCGUGGAACCUGCUGAUCACGUCUGUAACAUACAUGCCUAUCCUCACCCAGAUUAUCACUGAUGGUAGUCCAAGUGGAGGUUGGAAAAUAUGCCUCAACUAUUACGAGCCGCGUGCCAGAGCCGAGAAGGAAAGGUUGUCAUCCCAAUACCACGGUCUUGAGAUGAAAUCAGGAGAGACCCCCCAAGAAUACUUCGGGAGAUUUGCUGUUUUGCGCAGUAGGCUAGCCUCGCACGGUGUUACUUUCUCCGACGAAGAUGCCAAUGCCCACAUGGUGUACCACCUUUCCGACGAGUACACGAUGGAAAAGAAAAUUCUGACUAUGUCACCGAUUCCCCCCUCGCGCGAAAAAAUCGAAAAGGGGUGUACGAGAUGCCCAUGCGGAAUUGCUUCGCCGUCGUGAGGAGGAACCAAAGAAUGGCGCGGGGCACGCGUUUGUCGCUUCCGGUGGUAUCCGGGGCGAUGGACGUGUCCAAAAUGGGUCGAGUGGAAACGGCGGGGGACAGGACGGAGACGGAGGCGCCCGGAGUCGGAGCAGGAGCAGAGGGAGAGGAAACAAGAAAGCAGGAGAGAGCGGAGCCGACAGCGACCACUGCUACCUACAUCCGCACUUGUCCCACACCAACGCCCAGUGCCGCACUCAACGCGACCGUCAGAAGAAACAGGAGCAACAGCAGCCUCAGCAACAGCAGCAUCAGCCACAGCAGCCUCAACAGCAGCAUCCCCAGCAACAGCAACUUCAUGGACCGCCGCAGCAGCAGCCGAGCUACAGCAGUGGGGGGGGCUGGGGCGGUGGGCCUCAGCACGGACCUCACAGCGGCUACGGAGGACAGCAUCAGCACAGGUAUGCAGCUCCCCCUCGUCCGCCACAGCCGCCGUGGCGGCCUCCGUACGGGCAUGCAAAUGUGACGCAUGCGAAUAGUGCUAUGCCUGGCUAUGCCCUACGGGGGGUCCGCGUAUGGUAGCGAGUAUGGGGGUGGGAGCAUAAACAACAACAACAGCAGUAGCAGCAGCAGCAGCAGCAGCAGCCUUCGCCAGACUACUACCAGCAACAGCCGUACUACCCGCCUCCGACGUCGUACUACCAGCAGCAGCAGCCACCACCGCAGCCUCCGCGACCGCCGUCGUUUCAGCCGCAGCAGCAGCAGCAGCAGCAGCAACACUUCACCCAUGCCCCGCCCCAGUCGCCUUCUCCCGGAGCAGCAGCUUUUCCGCCUGGGCAUCUGCACUCCCUGAUGGCACACUUUGUGUCCGCUGACGAGAUGAGUUCGCUUUCGGUUUCGAGUGAUGUAGGCAGUGUCGCAUGUGGUGAUCUUGGUUUUUCUUUGUCUGCCCAGAGUUGCGAGUACAGUCCUGGUAGGGAAGUAUUUUGGUCUGAUAGCGGUGCAAGCAACCAUUUUGUGAGUAACAGCUCCAAAAUGUACAACAUCUCGCCUGUUCCCCCCGGCAAAGAAUACAUCAGAGUAGGCAAUGGUGCUCAUUUGCGCGUGGAGUGUGUCGGUAGUGUCAAUCUGGCAUUCCAUAUGGCAGGAGGCCGCUCGGGAGAAGUGGAUUUUUGUGCCCAAUUGACAGACGUGUACGUGGUGCCAGGAAUUUCGUUCAACUUGUUCUCCCUGCACCAAACGCAGAAAAAGCACAGGAUAGUGUUGGAUGAGAGGGGUGUGCACCUUUUCGGCGGUCGGCUUAGUUUCGCAUAUUCGGAUAUCGGAUGCUCUCUAUCGGCCACCCGCUUGCCUCCCUCGUACCGCGACGGUGAUGUAGUCCCCUCUACCGUUGUCCCUCCCCCCGUUGUCCGCCAAGCGUCUGGCGUUGGCACUGGCCUUUUCGCCCAAAACCCCCCUCCCCCUUCUCAGAUUCCAGGAUCGGGUGCAGGGUACGGUCCGAGUUCGAGCUUCCCGUCCACCGCUCCCGCCGAUGUUGCACCUUCGACUUCGAGCUUCCCGUCCAUCGGUACUGCCGGUGUUGUACC